AUGUCUGUAACGGAAACGUUUAUCGAGGAAGACGGUUUCGGAUUCGUUCCCAGGCCGGACCGUAAAAAACAUAAUAAGCCGAAGUUCGAAAUUGUUAGGAGGUACACAAUGACGAACAAGCACAAAGCAUCGGUGCAGUUGAUAUCUUGGGGUGCUGGAGUACAAGCUAUCAAAGUUCCGAAUCAGUCGGGAAUCCUGGGGGACAUUGUUUUAGGUUUCGAUGACGUGGAGGGGUAUUUGGAGAACAGGUACAUAGGGAGCAUGAUCGGUCGAGUGGCGAAUCGAAUUUCCGGCGGUCAAAUUAGGCUCGAAAAUAAGGUCUAUUCCCUGACCCUGAACGACAAGACUGGCGUCAGCCACUUUAAUGGGGGCUUCGUUGGAUUCGAUAACGUUAAUUGGGAUUCUCAUAUACUGAAGAAGCACGUGGUGAUGUCUCACUUGAGCCGAGCGAACAGCGAGGGGUAUCCGGGGGAUUUGUUGACGCAAAUUAAAUACUCUUGGACGGACGAUAAUCAGCUUCACAUGAACAUUCGCGCCACUGCUACUCAACCAACGCCCGUCAACAUUACCACUAAUUGCUUGAUGAAUCUCGCUGGUCAUGCUACGGGUCCAGAGGAGCUGAAGAAGCACGUGAUCUCAUUGAACGCGGCUAGCUGGACGUUCACAGAUAUCAGGGACUGUUUGCCGACAGGUGCUAUAUAUCCGGUUGAUCGUACAGUGUUCGAUCUGCGCUUACCAACUCAGUUAACCAAGAGGCGGCUUUACAUUGUACCGGGAGGCGGUUACAACCAGAACCUCUGCGUCACCAGCCCCAGCAGAUGGUGUUAUCGUUUCCACGCAAGAAUUUUACACCCUACUUCCGGAAGAACUGUAGAAGUGUAUUCGAAUCUCCCCGGCCUACAAUUUUCCACCGCUAACGAUUUGCCCGAACCCGAUCAUAACUACCCGCCCGAUUUUGAGGAUUACUGCACAUGUCUAGAUACAGUUAGAAUCCCAACGAUUACUUACGAUAGGGAUGUGGACCAAGUGCAGAAAGAGGUUUGGGGCAAAGACGGUGUUCGGUAUAGGAGGUACGGUGGGUUCAGUUUGUCUCCGCAAAACUACCCCGAUGCUGUCAAUAUAAGCAAUUUCCCAUCUUCCAUUCUUUACCCCGGCCAGGUUUACUCGCAUGACCUAACGUACAAAUUCGGUUUACUGUCAGAAAAUUCGAACAGUUCCACUUAA